AUGGCUCCUUCUACCAAGAUAUUUUCCCUCGAAGGGAGGGGCCUCAAGCUAGACACAGCGGAGGACCUCGAGGCUCACAUUGCCGAUCUUCGCGCAAUGGAUGACCUUGAGGAAGUGCACAUGCUUGGUAACACACUCGGUGUUGGCGCAUGCAAGCUGCUUGGCGAGGUGCUUGCGACAAAGAAGACUUUGCGCGUUGCCAAUCUUGCCGACAUCUUCACCGGCCGCCUCCUCAGCGAAAUCCCCGAAGCGCUCUCCUCGCUCCUCACCUCGAUCCUCAACCUCCCAAAUCUCAACACCAUCAACCUUAAUGACAACGCCUUCGGCCUCAACACCCAGGCGCCCUUGGUCGCCUUCCUCGCGGCCCACGUGCCCCUGCAGCACCUGUACCUCAACAACAACGGCCUCGGCCCGCACGCCGGCAUCCUGAUUGCCGACGCCCUCUCGGAGCUGCACGCCAAGAAAGAGGAGGCGCGCAAGCAGGGGCAGAAGGUGCCUGACCUUGAGACUGUAAUCUGCGGGCGCAACCGGCUCGAGAACGGCAGCAUGACGGCGUGGGCUAAGGCGUUCAAGCUGCACAACCGGGUCAAGGAGGUUAAAAUGGUGCAGAACGGGAUCCGCCAGGAGGGCAUCUCGCACUUGCUGAGCGAGGGUCUGCGCCACGCUUCGCGGCUCGAGGUGCUGGACCUGCAGGACAACACCUUCACGCUUCUGGGCGCGAAAGCGCUGGCUCAGGUCGCCCCCGGCUGGGCAGAGCUGGUCGAGUUGGGCGUCGGCGACUCGCUGCUCGGCGCCAAGGGUGGCGUCCUGCUGGCCAAGUCGCUCGGCAAGGGGCAGAACAAGAAGCUCAAGAUUCUGCGGCUGCAAUAUAACGAAAUUACGGCGCCGGGCGUCAAGGCUCUGGCCGAGGCUGUCGAGGAGGCUCUGCCGGUCCUGCAAAAGCUGGAGCUUAACGGCAACAAGUUCACCGAGGAGGACGAGUACAUCAUUGCGCUGCAGGACCUGUUCGAGAAGCGCAAGGAGGAACAGGCUGGCGACGUUGUCGUUGAGGACGAUUGGGGCCUCGACAGCCUGAGCGACCUGGAGGAGGAGUCCGAGGCUGAAGAGGAAGAAGAAGGAGAGGAAGAGGAGGAGGAGGAGGAUGUCGAAGAGAGGGCUGAGAAGCUUAUCAAGGAGGCAGAGGAGGCACAAGAGGAGCCUGCUGCCCAGCGAAAAGACAAGGAGGUUGACGACCUCGCCGAGAAGUUGGGGAAGGCGACGAUCUAG